UUCCAAUAUUCAUUUCCUUCAGGUCAUAUUAUAGUUAUACCCCCUUAUAAGAUAUGGUCACCCUUAUGAAUCAUUCACAAAUAUGGCCAUGAAAAAUAUCUAUUUAUUUGUGGCAACAUUCCUAGUACUAUUCAUUCUCUCUUUGAUCACCCCAACGGCCCUAUCAAUAAGUCAUCAUCACCGUCAUCAUGAUCAUCACCAUCGCCACCAUGACCACACCAUUAGCCGGUGGUGCAGCCAAACUCCACACCCCGGGCCAUGCAACUACUACAUAUCCCGCCGGUUCGCGGCGGCGCCGAGACGGCGAUUGGAAUUCCGAAAAAUGCUGAUCCAAGUGGCCAUGGAGAGAGCGCUAGAAGCCAGAGGACACGCGUCACAAUUGGAGUCUAGCUGCGAGAACAAGCCCCACGAGAAAGCUGCAUGGAGGGACUGCUUGAAGCUCUACGACGGCACCGUCCUCCAACUCAACCGGACGCUCUCCGGCCUCGGCGGGCCCCACAAGAGAUCGUGCACGGACUUCGAUGCCCAGACAUGGCUCAGCACCGCCCUCACCAACAUAGACACGUGUCAAACGGGGUCUUCGGAGCUCAAUGUUUCGGAGUUCAUAACGCCCGUUGCUUGCGGUUACAAUGUGUCCGAGCUCCUCUGCAACAGCUUGGCUGUAAACGCAAAGCUCUUGGAAAACCAAGAAGCUAUUAAUUAUAAUGAAACUGAUCACGAUCGUGAUUUUCCAAGUUGGGUUUCGAACAGGGAACGGCGGAUGUUGGAGUCGCCGGGGAUAAAAGCGAACCUCGUGGUGGCGAAAGACGGUUCGGGGCAUUUCCGGUCGGUCCAAGAGGCGAUAAACAGGGCGGCGAGGAGGAGAAUCCAUAGCAGAUUUGUGAUUCACGUUAAGAGAGGUGUUUAUAGGGAGAAUAUUGAGGUUGGAGUUGGUAAUAGAAAUAUCAUGCUCGUCGGCGAUGGCUUGAGAUACACGAUCAUCACCAGCGGUCGGAGUGUCAAGGCAGGUUACACCACAUACAGCUCUGCAACCGCCGGCAUAGACGGGCUUCGUUUCAUUGCUCGUGGCAUCACAUUC